UUUGGUUUUAAUUUAAGGUCAGGGUUAGGCACAAGGUGAGCAGUGUGGUUAAUGUUAGAGUUAAGGUUAGUAGUAGGUUUAAAAUCACAUUUUAAGAAGAAGAAUUGUACAUAUGGGCGGGGUUUAGCCUAUGUCUUUGUGGGUAUAGAAGCUAGAGACGACCAUCCCUCCUUGCCUCACGACAAUUCGACAGUGUUGCCGCACAAGAGACCGAAACCGGAGGAGAUGUUUUAGACCUCCGAAAAUAUUUUACGGUGAUGCGUUAACGAUUUCAAGAGGAUAUAAGAGAGCUGGGAUCAAGCAAACCGGGAACGAGCAGGAAGCGAAAAUAAACGGCAGUUUCUGUCACGGUUGGAAGUUUUGACGGAUUUCAAAACAGAGUGAUUGUAAACACUGUUCUGGGGUUGACACGAAUGUAGGCUAAUUGCGUAGGACAGAAAGUUUCUGUAGGCUAAUAGCAUUUUUCCUUUUUCCAAUGGACUCGCAUUUGGAGACUGCUUGCACACAAAGUAUGGAAUUACCCCUGUAAUGUGGAUUGCAAUUUCAUUUGAAGAAAAUAAAGGUCUACUCCAGAACAAUGUGAAAAGAUACGCGUCCUGGAUUCUAAUGUUUCUGGAUAUCUUGAAAAUUAUUGGCAACAGUUGAAAUUAUGCUCAACCGAUUUUUGCUCAGGUGUCUUGCCUGCUCCGACCGUGGGACCAAAAUGGAUUUGACGCCACUACAGACCCCGGUUCCCCUUUUACAGAAGUUCUAACAGUUAUUACACUUUGCUAUUACUGUUUUAAACUUUACAAAUGCUUUGGAAGAAAUCGCCUGACGACCCGCUUGGAUUUUAAAUCUACAUUUGCAUUUGGAAUUUCAAUCAUGAACUUUGACAGUUUGAUAACAUUAUUUCUCCUGGCACUUCUGUAUUUGUCAGCUGUCAAGAGUGCCCACAUACCUAAGGAAGGAGGGAGAAGUGCGCAUGACGGCGUGAUCUCCUUCAUGGAGGUGUACAAUAAGAGCCUGUGUCAGCCCAGGGAGCUGCUGGUAGAGAUCCUACAGGAGUACCCAGAGGAGGUAGAACACAUCUUCAUCCCAUCCUGUGUGGUGCUGACACGCUGUGCAGGCUGCUGCAACGACGAGAUGCUACAGUGUACGCCAACCUCCACGCAUAACGUCACCAUGGAGAUAAAAAGAAUAAAACCCCACAAGCAACAAAAUGAUAUCUUCAUGAGUUUUACAGAACACAAUGCAUGUGAAUGCAGGCCAAAGAAUGAAGUGAAAGAACAGAAAGAAAAAGAACCCUGGAAAGGAAAGGGCAAAGGUCAAAAGAGAAAGCGAAAGAAAAAGCGUGACAAAAAGAAUCGCCACUCUCAGUGCGAGCCAUGUUGUGAUGGCUGUUUAGCGAGGAGAAAGCGGUUGUUCAUCCAGAACCCUCUGACCUGCCAGUGUUCCUGCAGAAACUCUGACUCCGACUGCAGGGCACGUCAGCUGGAGCUCAACGAGAGGACCUGCAGAUGUGACAAGCCCAGGAGAUGAGUCUAAGCUUAAGAUGAAACAACGUGAAGGGACAUUCACAAGAUAUUUCACAGCACUUUCAACUCUGAGCUUAUCUUCUUUGUGGAAAGCAUUCCCCUGGACUGACUGAGAAACAGCAGUGAGAAAAGAGAGGGGGAGAGAGAAAGAAAUAAUACAUUAAUAGAAAAAUAAUCCCAAUGUAUCGGCAUAUACUAAGAGCGAGAGAAAGAAAAAGUACAGAAUUUGUAUUGCUGCUAAAAGAGCUAACUAAAACCCAUCGUUUGGCGUUUGACUGGACUACGGUUUUGUUGUUGAUUCAUUUAUGCAAAUACUUCACUGGAUAUGUGUGAGUACUGUGGUUAUGUGUUAAAUCAUGAGGAACAAAACCUUGCUAUGUGGUACGUAUAUCCACAGAAGAGGAAGAGAAGAGGAAGGAAGAACAUUCUUCCUGACCCAUAGACUCCCUUUGCAGGAGCCCAAUGGCAGGACAGCCAAUGGGAGAUGGGGAUCUGUCCCUUUAUGACAGCACUUCCUUUUCCUUAAAGGAAGUUCUAGAACUGAUGCGUGGAACGUGUGGAAAGCUAGAACUGUGUAUUUUGCUGGCCUAGCUAGCAGCGGAACUGGAUUUGGAGUGCCAUAAUACCCAAAGGGAUACUGAUGAUUGAUUUUGGUAUACAUGGAAACCACUAGAAACAACUGAUACUGUAGCUUGAUUCCAUUGAGAAACUGCCUCACAAACUGUGCUAAUCACUUUAGAGUGAGAAAUCCUGAAUUAGCUUCUUAAAUUAUUUUUGUUUAUUUUGGGGGGAGGGGAGGGGGAUGUUAUGCUGUCUGUGGUUGAACUCAAUACAGAAUGCAAUAGUAUCGAUGGCAAGCAGUCUGUAUAUACUAUACCUACUUAAUAUCCCUUAUGUCAUAGUCCACUAUAGAUAAUUUAUAAUGUUAGAGUAUUUUCAGUAUUCAGUCCUCUACCCAUAUUUAAUUUGAUCUAUUUAUAUAUCAAGUGUUAUGUUCCUUUGGGUUUCCCCCCUUCCUGCUAUGUGAUGCCAUUGUGGUCUCCAUUCUGCCUAGCUACAAGGAGAUACUGCUCUAGGCUUUUAUAAGAAAAAGAAAAACCUUUACGUUAACAUUCCUGAAAUGGAUCAUUUGUAUGGACGCCAUCUUUUCUGGAUUUAUCAACCCUUUUUAUAGAGGGUGGAGGUUCUGUGUGUGAUUUUUAACCUGCUCUAUGGUCUUGGCGUGUGUGUGUGUGUGUGUGUGUGUGUGUGUGUGUGUGUGUGUGUGUGUGUGUGUGUGUGUGUGUGUGUGUGUGUGUGUGUGUGUGUGUGUGUGUGUUAGAGAGGCAGAGGAGGCUUAUGCUUGUCUUGAGCUCCAUCACGCAGAUAACAAUAAACCAUUGCUAAAAGAAAGCUUGGCCUACCAAGUCAACUGUUUGUAUUACAGCUAGCAAUCUGCAAUAUCAAGAAUAUAUGAUUUCAUGAUAAUAGUACUUAUGGUUUCUUUUCCAAUAUUAACAUGUUUUUUUUCUGUGACAGUGUAAAGUAGUAAAGCAUAUUUAUUUACAAAUUAUAUUUCUUAUUUUGUAUAUCAAAUUGAGGAAAAGGUUGCUGUGUUUUGAAGCAGUGGGUUUUGAAGAGGUUGUAUGAGUUAUUGUUUGUGUUGUGUUUGAAACAGCUUCUCCAACAUACGACAGCCAUCUUUGAUAUCUGUUAUGACUACGAAACUCGAAAAGGUAUGCACUCACACAGCUCAUAAGAGCAUGUGCUAUGGAAUAUAAAACAUGACUCAAAAGAAGAAAUUCCUGAACACCUUUGACAAAGAUCUGUAGACCAAAAUAGUGUAUGAAUAAAAAGGUGAGAUUUUGCAAGGCAGCAGUGUGGAGGAAUUUCUUCUUUUGAAUGCCCAUGGAACUCCAGAAAGCCAUGAGGCACAUGGGGAAAUACUUCUGAUGACCUCUUACCUAGGAACUUUGGAAGUGUGUUUUUACCUGCUAUAGGCCACGUUCCAAUUCUUUAAAUUGUCUUCCUUCCGCUCUCACAAAGUGACCUGACAGGUGCUGGUCACUGAUCACAAUGAGUGAGUUAGCAAUGCGAGCGAGCAUGUUCACCACUAACAAAGGUGGACCAGUUACUGUAAAAAUACUUCUGUGAAAUAAUCUGACUAUUAUCCCUGCUUUGCUAUGUGGUAAAGGUUUGGUGACAACAGCCUCAAGUCCAGUGGUUCCCAACCAAGGGUACUUGGACCCUUGGGGGAACUUGUCCAAUCCACAUGGGGUACUUGAGAAGACUCAUUAGACCAAGGGUACUCUGGGCAGAGCAGAAUUCAGUUGGUGGGAUAGUUACUGAAAAAGAUUGGGAACCAUGCGUCUAAUCUAUCAACUAUGUCCAAUACACUGGCAGUUUCUGUAAGGACAGACACUUGGAGACAGGAAGCAAGUACAGGGAGUGAACAUUUAAUUCAUAAACAGACAUGAAACAGGACAGGACAGCGUCUGGACAUGAAAAACAUAACGACAGUAAUGCUGGAAACAGGAACAGACGGAUAUAGGGAAGGCAAUCAAAACAUAAAGGAGUACAGGUAAGUCCAAUGAAGUGCUGAUGUGCGUAACGAAGGUAACAGUUGUGCGUAAUGAUGGUCAUGGGUGCCAGGUAGGGGGAGCGGGGAGCAGGCGUGACAGUACCCCCCCCCUCUAGGUGCGCCACCCGACGUCCCACCUGGGUGAGCCUGAUGGGCUGAGGCGUAGAAGCCCUACGAUCCGGCUGAGGCGUGUAAGCCGGCUGAGGCGUG